AUGGAGGAUUGUGAAAUUAUUGGCAUUAUAUUAGAAUUUAUAAGCGAAGUGUUGUUUGGUUCUGAGGACGACGACGGCUCGGUUGAUGAUUACGAUAAAUAAAGUUUAAUUCGAAAUUCCUGCAAA